AUGUCUUUGCGCACAGGAGAUCUAUAUAACAGCCGUGCCCAGCAGUCCCCGGCUCUUGCCGCGUCCAUGCGCCUGUCGUCUCUGCACGACAACGGCUACCGCUCAGCCAGCGCAUACUCGUCGACGUCACACAGGCAAACCUUGGGGCCCAUAAACGAUCUAGAACACCUGGAGCUUCGCCAGGACCUCGUCGACCGUGAGUCUAUCCUCGCGCUCCAGCAGCAAAGGGAGCGUCUCCACGAGGUAGAGGACCUGAUGCGCCAAAAGGAGAACGAAGUCGAGAUGGCGAAGAUGGAGGCGCUGAAGGGGACUGCGCGUGUUGAUGCCCUCGAAGGAGCACUUGCGCGCACAUCUGCAAGGAAGACCCUGCUAGAAAAGGAACUUGCGGAUAAGAGUUUUGCGAUAGAACAGGAGCGCCGCCUAGCAGAGUCACUGCGCAAGGAAAAGCAGGAUUUGACAUCGAGCAUCGGUGCAUAUCGGCAGAGGUGCGAUGACGCAGAGGCCCGUCUCCGGGACGCAGAUUAUCGCUUUGCAGACUUAAGCAAGCGCAACGCCGCUCUCGAGCGAAAGUGCACAGAUAUGGAGUCUCAGUUGCGCGGUAACGACGCCCUUCGCGCGCGGCUUGUCGAUGCGGAGCGUGAGAUUGCUGAUCUGAGACUGCGCCUUGGGCAACUUGAAAAGGAGAACCUUGCGCUCCGCAAGGACGUCGACUUCGCCCGCAACGAAGCUGCAUUUGAGCGCCAGAAGCGGGCGGAGCUCGCAGACAAGCUUGCCGCCGCCGACCAGCUUGCCGCACAGAGGGCCACUGAUGCCUACAGACUUGAACAGGAGGUCAGGGCACGCGAUGCCCUAUUACACGUGAAAGACUCUGAGCUGGAGUCGUCCAAGAGACUCCAGGACGCUCUCGCACGUGAAAACUACGACUCUAAGCGACGAUGUGAAGAUGCAGAGAGGGAGUCUAGGGCAGCGAAGAGCGACCUUAUGCGCGAAAUAAACGAUCGGGCUGAGCGCGCACGCAGCCGCCUGCAGAUCCUGGAGCGUAGAGCACUCGAGGAGGACCUGGUUUCCAACAAUGUGGACCAUAUUUACGCCCUUACAUCUAACGCUAAUAACCGCUCUGUUAGCAAUAGCGCGCUCAACUAUUCGCAGUAUAACAGCGGGCUGGGCGCAUCCAACAGGCCACCCAUUCACUCUAUUGCUAGUCCGAUAGCUGUCAGCAGAGCCUCAGGAAACAUGUCUAAGGAGCAGAUCAGGAGUCUCAUAACGAACAUAGACCGAUCCCUAGUCGGAAACUAG